AUGGCAUCCGUACUUGGGAACAGCAGCAGCCGCGCGUCGGGGGCUCAGAGCGGACAGGUGAAAUGCAAGCUGAAGAGGAAGCGCAGGAGGCGAUCGAAGAGAAAAGAGAAAGUCAGUAUGCUGUCAGCAUUGAUCGCCCCCUUCAAGUACAUAAGCCCCGGGACCAGCAGCACAGAGGACGAGGACAGUUUAAGCACUAGCAGUGCAGAGGUGAAGGAGAACCGAAACAUUGGGAACCUAGAGGAUCGCUCCAUUGGAUCUGCAGAGUGCCAGUCCAUGUUCUGCUCCGACUCUGCAAGAAGUGACGGCUCCGGUCUGAAGAGGAAGCGGCCGCUGGAGGAGGACAACAACGGCCACUUGUGUGAACUCCGCCUGAUCUAUAAGAAGCUGUCCUGGUCCGAAGCGCCAAAGAACGCCUUGGUGCAGCUCAAUGAGCUCCGGCCGGGCCUGCAGUACCGCAUGGUGUCUCAGACGGGCCCGGUCCACGCUCCCGUCUUCUCCAUCGCUGUCGAGGUGAACGGGCUGACAUUUGAGGGCACGGGCCCCACGAAGAAGAAAGCGAAGAUGAAGGCCGCCGAGCUGGCCCUCAAGUCCUUCGUCCAGUUCCCCAACGCUCCUCAAGCCCACCUGGCCAUGGGGAACAUCUCAAACCCUUCAGCCGACUUCACCUCCGAUCAGGCGGACUUCCCCGACACGCUCUUCAAGGAGUUUGAAUCUUCGCCGUGCUCCGACGGCCUCUCUCUCUGCGACUCAGCAGCAGAGAGCGAGCUGCUGUCGAGCGAGCUCCUGAGACAUGGACGGUUGCUCCGCCAUACCUUGGACCUGAUGGUGCAGGCUCAACAGAGGCUCGGUGGGAUUGUUGCCGAGCCAGAGGCCCCCAAGAGCGCCGUGGCGUGGCUCAAUGAGCUCCGGCCGGGCCUGCGCUACGCCUGCCUUUCAGAGCGAGCUGAGGGCCGAAGGCUGCGUAGCUUCGUGAUGGCGGUGCGCGUGGACGGCCGUAUAUUUGAGGGCUGCGGUCGCAGCAAGAAGCUGGCCAAGACCCAGGCGGCCCAGUGUGCUCUUCAGGCCCUCUUCAACAUCCGGACGGCCCCAGAGGGGAGGACAGACCUCAAAGCCAGCAGGAAGAGCUGUCCUCAUUUACCCCAGGUCUUUGCCGAUUCAAUAUUCCACUUGGUGAAGGAGAAGUACCGGUCGCUGCUGGGCGGCUGCAGUCCUGCACACGCUCGACACAAAUCCCUGGCAGGCAUCGUAAUGACCCGAGGUCUGGACCUGAGGCACGCCCAGGUGGUGGCGUUAUCCACGGGUACCAAGUGCAUCAACGGGGAGUACCUGAGUGACCAGGGACAAGUGGUCAACGACUGCCACGCUGAGGUCACGGCCCGCAGGGCGCUUCUGCGCUUCCUCUACUCUCAGCUCGAGCUCUUCUUGAGUAAAAGGCUGGAGGACUGGGAGGAGUCGAUAUUUGUGCGGCACAAGGAGUCCGGCUACAGGUUGAGAGACAACGUCCAUUUCCACAUGUACAUCAGCACCUCGCCGUGCGGGGACGGGAGGCUCAACUCGCCCUAUGAGAUCACCACUGACCUGCACAGCAGCAGACACCUCAUGAGAAAGCACCGCAGCCACCUGCGGACCAAAAUCGAGUCGGGCGAGGGGACGGUGCCGGUGCGAGGUCGGGGCCCCGUCCAGACGUGGGACGGCGUCCUGCAGGGCGAGCAGCUCAUCACCAUGUCCUGCACCGACAAGAUCACCAGAUGGAACGUCCUGGGCCUGCAGGGGGCGCUGCUGAGCCACUUCGUGGAGCCCGUGUACCUGCAUAGCGUGACCGUCGGCAGCCUGCGCCACACGGGCUAUCUGGGCCGGGUCCUGAACCAGCGGCAGGAGCGCCUGGGCCCGCUGCCCGCCACGCACCGACGCAACCAGCCCCUGCUCAGCGGGCUGAGCACCGCGGAGUACCAGCAGCCGGGGAAGGCCUCGUGCGUGAGCGUCAACUGGACGCUGGGUGACGCUCAGCUGGAGGUGGUCAACACCGCGACGGGGCGCAGGCGGGACUCAGGGACACCCUCUCGUCUCUGCAAACACGCCCUCUUCACCCGCUGGAACAGACUUUGCCGCAAAUCGGGGAUCCACGCGUUCAGCUCGGCGGACCGCCAGCUCAUGUACUGCGACGCCAAGAUGGCGGCGCGUCCUUACCAGACAGUGAAGCAGCAGUGGUUCAGAUCUCUGCAGGAAACGGGCCUCGGGACCUGGGUCAAGAAACCGCCAGAGCAGGAACAGUUCAUGCUGUCGGUCUGAGGAAGAGAGAGAGAGAGAGAGAAAGAGUGUG